CAUCGGCUUCUGAUCCAACGGUCGAAAACAACCACAAAUUGCUUCAAGAGGGGGUCCAACCUCGUUCGUUACCGCACUCCCGUGGUGACGCGCAUUCCAGAGCUGCAUUUCUUGCGACCAAGAAACUCCUGAUGGCGGAGAUUGAGUUGAAAACUGCACCAGCUGAUUUUCGCUUUCCCACAACAAAUCAGACGAGGCACUGUUUCACUCGUUACAUUGAAUAUCACAAGUGUUUGAAUGCUAAAGGUGAAGAUGCUGCUGAGUGUCAAAAAUUUGCCAGAUACUAUAGAUCUCUAUGCCCAGUGGAAUGGGUUGAGAGGUGGAAUGAACAAAGGGAGAAUGGCACUUUUCCGGGUCCCCUCUAAAUGACCAAUUCAUAGAACUGUUCUGCUCUUGAGCACUGUUUUCCUAGAUUCCUAGUGCUGGUCCAGACCUGUAGUUUGCUUUUCUGCUACAGAAUUCUUGUCACUGAUUGCAUGACAGCUUUUAUUUGCGAUGCUUUGAACAUUCUGCUCGAAUAAGAUUGAUAUAAGGUUGUCUGCAAAUA